ACAAGUAUCCUGUAUUACCUUAAACUUUGUAUAAAAGCACAACAUUCAUGUUUUUCCUUGUUUUGUUUCUUUCAGAUCCAAGUAUUAAACCAAAGUCUACUCUAUCAAAGAAUUCUUUAUCGUAUUCCUUCAUAAAGUCUAAUGCCUCCCUAUUCUUCAAUUCAAACAACACCUUCUUCUUCAACUGCGCGAGUGGAGCAAUUGUCAGUACAGCAAAUUCAAGCUAUUAUUCAAGAUAAUCAAAUGCUUCAAAAUGAAUUAGAUGCUCUUCAUUAUCAAUUCCAAAUGGAAAAAAUGGAUUUACAGAGACGCCUAAGGCAUUUAGCAGCUCGCGUGCAAUACUUGGAAGGAGUCAAGUGUUCGCCUGAGGAAGAUAUGAAGCCUUACACCAUACACAGUAGAAGCAAAAGAUUAUUACCCAGUCGAUGAAUCAUCUGACACAAUGAUCCACAAUAACAACAAAAGAGGAUCUAGGCGCUCAAGAAGAUAUUCAAUUCAUC